UCCUACUAAACAAACGGACGAAAUGGACGUCUUCCUUCCUCCUUGCCACCGCCGGAUCCCGAUCCCUUGCUUGUGGUGAAACCCUAGCAAUGGGAUCCUUGAAUUAAAGCUGAAGCGGAGGAAUCGCCCCGGAGAGGGAGAGAGGAUCCGCCUUUCGGAUCUACAUCCUUCCUUCUCUAACCGGAGAGGAAGAGCCAGCGUGGGGGAUGAGAUCGGGUGUCGCCUUUGCCAUGGCUUGGAACGUCUUCAAGUUCUGUACCGCCUUAAGGGCUCUUGGCUCGAUCAUGAUCUUACUCGUCCUCGCCAUCGUCGGGGUCAGCUACUACGCCGUCGUCGUCGCUCAUUAUGGACCCGCCCUAGUCGCCGGGGGUCUCGAUUCGCUCCUCGCUUUCGUCGUCUUGGUCCCCUUCCAUGUCUUGUUGGGAUUACUACUGUGGACAUAUUUUUCAGUCGUUUUCACCGACCCAGGUGAUGUGCCCCCAAAUUGGAAGCCAAGUCUGGAUGAGGAGAUUGGAGAAACUGCUCUAUUAACCGGCAUGGAACAACCAGGACUUACAGACUCAGAAACCCCAGCAAUAAGAUACUGCAGGAAGUGCAAUCGGUUGAAGCCACCUCGCUGCCAUCACUGUUCUGUUUGUGGGAGAUGUGUACUUAAGAUGGAUCACCAUUGUGUGUGGGUUGUAAACUGCGUUGGAGCUUUAAACUAUAAGUUCUUUCUUCUUUUUCUGUUUUACACAUUUUUAGAGUCAUCUCUUGUUACACUUUCUCUAUUUCCCUAUUUCCUUGCAUUCUUCCAAGAUGUGGAGAUACCUGGGACGCCAGCAGCACUUGCAACUACUUUUCUCACAUUUGUGUUGAAUUUGGCUUUUGCAUUAAGUGUUAUGGGGUUUCUGAUCAUGCACAUAUCUUUAGUAAUGAAGAAUACCACAACUAUCGAGGCAUAUGAGAAAAAAACAACUCCGAAAUGGAAGUAUGAUCUUGGCCACAAGACAAACUUCGAACAGGUAUUCGGAACAGACAAGAAAUACUGGUUCAUACCUGCUUACUCCCAUGAAGAUUGGAGAAGAAUCCCAGCUCUGCAAGGACUUGAAUACCCAACCAAACCAGACUUGGAUAUGCAGUAGCUCCAUAACCACCACCAGGUUGAUGCUGAAGGCCGAUAUGCUGGAUCAGUGUCCACAUUCUCCAAACAUCUAUCCUGUAAUCUAUGGCUUUCACUUUUGGAAAUUUACAUUAAAAUGAUAAAGCAAUUCAGGUUUAGCAAAUGGAAAAACGAAAAAAAAAAAACAAUUUAAACGUUAUUCAAUAGAAUUCAGUAUGGCGGUGUUAAGAUGAUGUAUAUUAAGAUGUGAACCACAGUGAGUUUUUGUAUUUUUUUUGCAUAAAGUAUAUGUGUUGUUGAUAA